AUGGUGCGAAUUCUUACCUUCGCAUUGCUCAUUGCCACUUUGCAAGCAUGCCGGACUGCGCCUUUAACGAAGAGAGCCGGAGUGGAUACCACGCUGAGACUUGGUCCUCCUCAGCCGUCAGGUCAAGAGUCGCUGGGGCCAAAAGCGUUUUCCUCGGACUUGAAUACCCCUCAUUUGCAUCAGGACGAGUCCCUUGAUCCCAGGCCUGCUCCAGAAGAUUUCGCGAGCCACCAUCAACAACCAAGCGAAAAUGUCUUCCGGACAUUUCUCCCUACCGAACUAUCUCUUGGACAUCGACAUGACCUCGCUCCUUUGAGAAAUGAUAUGGUGCCGCCUGCGACGAGUGCAAUGCAAGCUUUCAGGCCACAGGCGCGUCUAGUCCCAUAUCCCGACAUCCGGCUAAGUGCUGCACGACCGCAGGGAACCCCGCAGAACCUUGUACCAACAAAGUUCAUCAAGAAGCCACGCACAAGAAAAGCGGUGAAACCUCAGCCCAGACUUGUCGCAGCUAGUAGCUCUGCAGUACCCAGUGCCCAAAAGUUUGGCUUGGUGGAUGCAAUAAGGACCGAUGACCAGACUGGUGCAGCCAGCCAGCUGAAUCAGGAGGAGAGUCUUACGGCCUCAACGCUGUGGAGAAAGUAUAGCGACAAGUAUCUCAACCAGCCCCUACCUCGUCCCACUUUCCAGCGAGUCUUAUUCCCGCAGGCCACUGCAGAUUUUCAGGAGCGAAUUGAUGCACUCGAAAGCAUCAAGAAAAAGCUGUUGGCGCAACGCACCGAGCCAGAUCUCACUCAUUCGGAGCGGCGCCUUAUCCUGACUCCUUUCAAGAGCUGGAAUCUUAUGAUCGCAGGAAACCAAAGGGCUUCUAAAGGAUAUCAGAUCCAAGUCGACAAUCGUAUCGUUUCCGCUGCCGAGAGAGACUCACAACACAUGCUCAAACUGGAGGCUCUACUGAAACGGCUGAUAGACGACAUGCCUCGCCCAAUUCUUCGUUAA